CUGCCGCCCCCCUCACGGCGCUCCCCGCCGCGCGCUCCCCCUCCCCGAGAGGGUGGGGCCGGGCGGGGCCGGCGUGUGAGGGGGCCCGUCUCCCGCGCUUCGGGCACGGCAGGUGGGGAGGGGGGGCGGCGGCCGGCUGGCCGGUGGGUCCCGCCGCUCUGAGGAGCCCUGGGGUGGCUCUGCCGCAGUCCUCAGCGGGAGCGGCCGUGCCGGGCUGCGCCCGGGCUCCGCUCCGCCCGGCGCCCGGGGUUGUCUCCUCAGGGGAGCGGUGGCGGCGCCGCCGCCGCCUGCCCUAGCGGCCGUCGCGCCUCGAGGAGGAGCCGUUGCCCGUCCCGCCGCGCCGCUUUGCCCCGCGCCCGCCGACCCGUCGCCUGGGAGCCCGCCAGGCUUAAGUAGCCAAAGAUGAGUCGUGGAUUUUCAGAAAACAAUAACUUUCCGUAUGACAACAAUCAAAUGGUUUUGGAUAUGAUCCUGUGCUCCCUAAUUGGUGUUCCUCAGCCUAUCAACUGGGACAGUGUGGCAAGGCUAGUUCCAGGAUAUACAUCCAAAGAGUGUGCAAAAAGGUUUGAUGAACUAAAAAGCAGUGGAAGUUCACCUGUUGACAACCAGUAUAAUCCCCUGAUGGCUGCUGGUGGGAGUCCUGUGGAAACUUUAGCUACGUACAUCAAAUCCUCCUUGCUCGAUACACAGACAGAGUUUCAGGAGCCUGCUAUUGGGCAGGAUUCCAUUACUAUAACUGGAAGGCCCAGCACAACCUCCACAAGGAAUUGCUCUUCAGAAUCUGAGAAAGGUCCUGUGCAUAAAGGUGGAGAAAGCACUGACAAAAGCCAGGGGCCAAAUAUGGUGAUCCAUGUAUGCGAUGAAGCAAAAAACCUCAAAGAAGAUUUUGUGUGUCCUCGAGACCUUUUGAUUUCAGAAAUGAAAUACUUUGCUGAAUAUCUGUCAGUGGAUGCCCAGCGCUGGGAAGAGGUGGAUAUUUCAGUGCACUGUGACGUUCACAUCUUUGACUGGUUGAUAAGAUACGUUAAAAGGAACACUAAACAUUCUGAAGAUAAUGAAAUGCCCACUUUAGAACCAUCAAAUGUCAUAUCAAUUCUUAUUUCUUCUGAGUUUUUGAAGAUGGAUUCCUUAGUAGAAAAAUGUAUUCAUUAUUGUCACAAAAAUAUGAAUGCUAUUGUAGCCACACCAUGUAACAUGAAUUGUAUCAAUGCUAAUCUUGUUAUGCACAUUGCUGAUCUCUUCACACACAAUGAAGUGGAAGAGCUGAAGGACAAAAGAGACAAAUUUAAGAGUAAGCUUUUCUGCAAGAAGAUUGAGAGACUGUUUGAUCCAGAGUACCUAAAUCCAGAUUCUCGAGGAAAUGCAGCAACAUUAUACAGGUGUUGUUUAUGUAAAAAGCUGCUAACUAAAGAAACUGAAAGAAGAAUUCCUUGCGUACCAGGAAAAAUCAACAUAGAUCAACAUGGGAAUAUUGUCUAUGUUCAUAUAAGAGACAAAACCUGGGAAGUCCAUGAGUACUUAAUUGGCCUUCACGAGGAAUUGAAGUCUUGGCGGGAUGUUUAUUGGCGUCUUUGGGGGACUGUUAAUUGGUUGACCUGCUCGAGAUGUAACCAAUCUUUCCUGUGUACCAAAUUCUCCCAUUGCCAGUACCAUUCGCAGCCAGUUCUUUAUCCAGGUGUAGCAAGUGCUCUGGGCUCGACUGGGACAGGAGUAUAUCCCUGUUGUAACCAAAAAGUACUUCGAUUUGAUCCUACAACCCUCCCAAAGGGCUGCAAAGUGAGGGAUCACAUGGUUGAUUUACCUUCAGGAAAUGAAGAUGGGCAUGCUUUGCCAUUUCAAACUACUAAAAUAUUGAAUGAUUUGCUUCAUCAUAGAGAUGUUAUUGUUGUUCCUUUCACUAAAGAUGAGAAUAGUGAUUCUGGUAUUGGGCUCUGUGAUGAAAAAGGCAUUGAAUGUGAUGUGCUUGUAGAACCAAAUACGCCGUGGGGUCCAAAAACUGGAGAAAUCAAUGCUUUUCUUUCUCUGAAGAACUGGACUUUACAGCUGAAACAGCAAUCGUUGUUAUCUGAAGAAGAGGAGUAUACCACUGGCUCAGAGGUCACUGAGGAUGAAGUGGGGGAUGAAGAAGAAGUAUGCAGGAAACCAGCAGGAAGAAAGGAGAAAUUAAAGAAAUCCUACAAGCACCCAAAGAAAAUGAUUUCUUCCCCAAGUGUUCAGAAAAAGGAGAAGCCUUCUGAUAAGUCAAGUUCCCGAGAUGCAUCUCCAUUCAUUGUGAGUAUGCAGCAGAACAAAUGGGAUGCCUCAAGGUCACUAAGAUUCAACCAAGAUGCUCAAAGAGAAGAUGAUCAGAGAAGAAUGUCUGAGAUUACAGGGCACUUAAUAAAAAUGAGACUGGGAGACCUUGAUCGAGUCAAGUCAAAAGACAGCAAAGAAUAUGCAGGAGGCAUUUAUUCUAGACUUGAAGCUCAGAUAAAGGCCUCAGCACAGGUCAGUGCACGGCAAAACAAUGCUGAGAAGAAUGCCAGGUCAAAGUCCCGUUUUGGUCAAGGCCGUCCAACAUAAGGACUCAUGAAAAAACUUUAACUAGAAUUCAUUACUGCUUCCUGAAACUGUACUGCACUCUGACAAACGGAGAAUGCACAGCUCUGAAAGCUUUCCAGUGACUGACUUAUUACUUUAAGCCUUGUAAAUUAUUUUGUGCGAUAAAUGAAUGCAAAUCCAAUAAGGUCUGUACUUAUUUUAAUUGUAAAUAUACUAUUUCUUAAAUUUAAAUUUAACUGCUUUUUUAGGUAAUUGUGUUAAGUUGCAUAGAAAAUAUUUUAUAAAUCUACAAAGUUAAAUUAUCAGACUAACUUUUAUGGGGAAGACAUAAAUAUGCCUUUAAGUAUGCUAGAAAUACUGAAAAGGAAAAAGCAAGACUACUGAAUUCUGAAUACAGUCAGCAGCAUUAACACAAGUUGCCUAGUGUGUUUAUAGUGUGUAGUGUUUGAUGGUACAUUUUAGGUCAGUUCUCUGGGGAUUUGCAUUUAAAGUCUGUGACAAUACCUGUGACUUAGACUAGUUUAAGCAAAAUUUUAAUGCAGUUCUGAGGCUUCCUUCUGUAUAUCGCACAACUCCCAUUCGUGUGAAGGUGGGUAGCAGGUAGAGACUAGACCUCCAAAGAUUAUAUUAUUAUUAUUAUAUCAUAUAUAUGAUGAUGCAGUAUUGCAUCUUGCAUGUGAAACGCUUGCUUUACUUGCAUGUGAAAUUAAUAUUCCCAUUCCAUAUCUGACUCCUCUUGCACAAUACAGUGUUUUGUUCCCAUCUAAUAUCCAGACCUUAGGACACAAAGCAGUUCUAUCUCUUAAUGAUGCUAUGCCACUAAAUUUCCGAGCAGAUAUGCUAUUAAUUCUGCAUCUUUCAAUGGCGAUGUAUCAUUAUGAAGAUUUGUGCAUGUAGAUCUUUUGGGUCUAGUUACUUUCUGAAACCUGCCUGAAUAAUACUGUUUAGAAGUCAGAUGCACUUUCAAGUUCUGUAUUUGGAGCAAUAGAAUACAAGUUUGUCUACAUGUAAAAUCCAGGGCUGCCAAAAUGAAAUAACUUGCCUAGAAAUAUGUUGCAUAUUAGAAAAGAAAAUGGCAAUAAUGGCAAUAAUAAUGGCUGAAUUCGAGUAAACACAUUCUGACUUUUUGAAACAGGUAGAAAGAGCGCUCAGGGAAAGCUUAUUCCAGGCCACGGCUGUACAAUAAAUUGUGAGUUUGGAAUGAAGUCAGCAAGAUCCUGUGUGGGAGGGUGGGGUGGGGUGUGGUAAGGAGAGGAAGAUCAUUGUUUAAAUGCACUCUUCUCUCCAUUCAGGCUUUUUUUGUUUGUCUUGUUUCUUGAGGAUUUUCAGUAGGCAUUAGAAGACUAGGAGAGCAAUACUUGAAAAUACUGCUUUCAAGGUGGAAGAUUUUUAUUGAAACAAUUAAAAAUGAAUGUUGUUUAUUGUGUGUUUUGUCCAAUACUAUAGCAAAUUCAGAGCCCAGUGAAACCAACAGGCAAAACUGUGGAUUUCAAUGCCUUUGAUUUCAGGCAGGAGUGGUAACUUUGCAGGAGUGCUUUAAUAUGUAUCAAAUAAAUAAGGCUUUAUUAAUGCCUCAGGCCUGUUUGCAAGUAGUAAUUCAGUUUUAAGCACUUAUAGUAAACGUUGGAAAACUGAUUGUUGUUUGUUGAAAGAGGAAGUAUUACAAAAUCCAGUGGGUACAAAAAUGCAGUAGAAUAAGUGUUUUGCUACGAUUUUGUGACUUCUGAUAGAGGAUUGUUCCAAAUUCCCAUGGUAAACUUUGCUGUGGAAGUUGCAGGCUGCAUGUAUGUGUGUUUAGUUUUCGUAGAACUACUGACUAGAAGAGAAGAGAAAAUUCCGCUGGUUUUGUUCUGUGGGAAAGUGCCAGUUCUACAUGCCAGUAUUGUUUUAUUCAAAAAUAUUUUUGUGUGUGUAAUAAUAACGUACAUGAUGUUUCUAUCUUUUUUCCCCUUGCCAACCACCUUGAAUUUUUAUCUUGUAUUACUUUUGAAAAUUUGUCUUGGUUUAAUGGAAAUAAAUGUUAUUAAUUUAAGAA